UUGGUGCCACAGACAAACCGGACGGGGAAAGCGGCGCUAAGAGGCGCGGGCGCAGACACGCAGUAGCCGCUGUGGCAGAAGGUCCGUGACAACCCUCCUCUCCCGGAGUUAGGAGACCUUCAGCGGCGUCUAAAGCCGACAAAAACUCCGCGGCUCAAACAUGCGAUCUGACGGAGGAUUUCAUGCCGGCGGUUCAAUCGUGCCUUCACUGAGCCCUUCGGGAAGCUCACAUGUUUCCGCGGGUUGUCGGCGAGGGAGCAAUGUUUAGCGGGAGAGCCCCGCGAAGUUUGGAUCGGUGCUCCCUGUCUUGUCAGAUGAAAGCCUUACAAUUUGUUGAAUCAAUGAGACGCGGCGCCAAGUAGAAACCUGCGGAUGUAGCCUUCACGGGUUGAGGAGGAAGAGAAAAACUAAAUACUGAACCUGACCGGCGUCCUCCGGUGAAACAUCCUCCACCUCUUCCUACUUCCCGGCGAGUGUUUCGGGGAGUCCUACGCAGCGGGGAUGCAGGUAAAGAAGCACCGGGACCCGGAGAGGAGCGGCGGCGGCGGCGACAUACUGGAAAGCGAGGCUCUCCGCAAAAAGUCAUCAUGCUUCUCAAACAUCAAGAUUUUCCUGAUCUCAGAAUGCGCCCUCAUGUUGGCUCAGGGCACCGUCGGAGCUUACCUGGUGAGCGUGCUGACCACCCUGGAGCGACGGUUCAACCUGCAAAGUGCUGACGUGGGAGUGAUAGCCAGCAGCUUCGAGAUUGGCAAUCUGGCGCUGAUCCUGUUUGUAAGCUAUUUCGGGGCCAAAGCACACAGGCCCCGUCUGAUCGGCUGUGGGGGCAUCGUCAUGGCCCUGGGAGCUCUCCUCUCAGCUCUCCCCGAGUUCCUGACAAAGCAGUAUGAGAUGGAGAUAAUUCAGAGGACUGACGUGGGUCGGGAUGUUUGUUCCAACACUAGCUCCGGCGACAUUCAGGAGGAUGCUCUGUGCGCCCACAAGGCCAACACCAACAUGAUGUACCUGCUGCUCAUCGGGGCCCAGGUCCUGCUGGGGAUCGGGGCCACACCGGUGCAGCCCCUUGGAGUUUCCUACAUUGAUGAUCACGUAAAGAAGAAAGACUCCUCACUUUAUAUAGGAAUCCUCUUCUCUACGCUGGUGUUCGGACCUGCCUGUGGCUUCAUCCUCGGAUCUGUCUGCACUAAAUUCUAUGUGGACUUCAUCUUCAUUGACACCAGUAAGCUCAGCAUUACUCCAGAUGACCCACGGUGGAUCGGGGCCUGGUGGGCGGGCUUCCUGCUGUGUGGUGCCUUACUGUUCUUCUCGGCUCUCCUGAUGUUUGGCUUCCCUCAUUCGCUGCCAGCGAGGGAAGUGGAUGAGGGAGCAGAGAGCGAGCAGGUUAUGCUGCCUCCAUCUCUUAGCCAAGAGUAUGAGACUCCAAAGCCCAGCAAUGGAGUUGUGCUCAUCCAUGAGCCUGCCAACAGCCCCACCUGCUGUCAGCAGCUGAGAGUGAUCCCUAAGGUGACCAAGCACCUCCUGUCGAACCCCGUGUUCACCUGCAUCAUCCUGGCCGCCUGCAUGGAGAUUGCAGUUGUGGCUGGCUUCGCAGCCUUUCUGGGAAAAUACCUCGAGCAGCAGUUCAACCUCACCACCACCUCUGCAACCCAGCUGUUGGGUAUGACAGCCAUUCCGUGUGCGUGUCUGGGGAUCUUCAUGGGCGGCCUGCUGGUGAAAAAGCUGAACCUCUCAGCGCUGGGAGCCAUCCGCAUGGCCAUGCUGGUCAACCUGAUUUCCACUGCCUGCUACGUCUCCUUCCUGUUUCUGGGCUGCAACACUGGGCCAGUCGCUGGAGUCACUGUCUCGUAUGGCAAUGAGACACUAAACGUGGGAGAGAAACCAGAGGCUCAGUGCAUCAGCCACUGCAACUGCUUCACUUCGUCCAUAAGCCCAGUGUGUGGCUCCAACGGGGUUACCUACCUGUCUGCUUGCUUCGCCGGCUGCUCCAAGACCGGAAAGACCCAGACCGCAUCAAACAUCUUGCAGAACCUGACUGGUUGCGCCUGUAUAUCUUCCGAAAGUGGACCUGCCACUGUGACUACCGGGAAAUGUCCGAUGCCAGGUUGCCAAGAGGUUUUCCUCAUCUUCCUGUGCGUGAUCUGUGUCUGCAGCCUGGUUGGAGCCAUGGCCCAAACUCCCUCUGUCAUAGUCCUGAUAAGGACCGUGAGCCCUGAACUGAAAUCCUACGCUCUGGGACUGCUGUUCCUUUUGUUACGACUCAUCGGAUUCAUCCCACCUCCUCUGAUCUUCGGCGCUGGGAUCGACUCCACCUGCCUCUUCUGGAGCUCCGACUGCGGUGACAAGGGCGCCUGCCUGCUUUACAACAAUGUGGAGUACAGGCACCUCUAUGUGAGCCUCGCCAUUGCCCUCAAGGGUGUGGCUUUCCUGCUCUACGCCACCACGUGGUACUGCCUGCGGAGAAACUACAAGAAAUACAUCAAAGGAAACGAGGACAUCCUAACACCGACUGAAUUUUACCCAUCACUCAGCGAUGGGCCCAAGUCUGUGGAUAGGACAAAGUUUAUAUACAACCUGGAAGACCACGAGCUUUGUGAAAAUAUGGAGUCAGUUUUAUAGGAAUACGUUAUUUUUCCUUUGUCUGUUGAAAGGAUUAAUGGCCGCUCAGGUCGAAAGUUCACUCCAUAAGCUUUUCAAAAGGGUCCAUUCUAAUUCUUUGAGACUGCAAGGUGUGUGAAUUCCUUCAGUGACUUGAUGACUUGAUGAUAGAAGAUGACUCCACAGCUCCAGCUGUAUCAGUCCUGGUUGUUUACUAGUGCAUGGAUGAGAUGCUAUUAUGGGUAUAGUUGCCAUACUGUUUUAGGUCUGUCAUGACCCCACUGAUCUGUGUGGGAAAAUGACUGCCUCCUUUCAGUCAGCACUGUGUUAUUGUUUAUUACUCUAAUAAAAAAAGAUGUUUAAAAGUUGCCAAGUGUUUACAACUUAAUAGCUGAUGAGUCACUGUACUUCACUUUACUUCGGUGCAGGAUGGUUAUUUAUUAGAAAAGACCAGAAGGGCCCGGACUAGACUGGACCGGGUUGUUAUAGUGGCCUAGUAGAAAGUUAAAUUUUUUUUUUUUUCUUGCUAGAUCGUAGAAACUGUUUGUGAUACUUGCUCGGACCAGACUGUAAAGUCUUGACACAUAGGUGCAAUUCAGAUCCGAUUUGUCCAUAGCUUUAACUUUAGCCUUUGUUUAGGACUGCAGGGUUUUAUUCACCUUAGCAGUUUGUUUAAUAUCAAUUUGCAGUGUGUAUUCGGCCUAAAAGGGAUUCAGUAUACAGGAAUUUAUAUAUUGUUUUCUGCACCAAGCGGAAAUGCAGAGAAGAAAAUCUAAAUUAAUUAUUUUGUGUUUCAAAAUUUGUGUUAGAUUAGAUUAGAAUUCAUAUGAAAGGCUCAGUAGUCCCAGGAUGUUGUAUCAGAUUAUACUUGAGCUAAGAGCAAUAUAAAUUAUCUACAAUUAAUAGUUUGGGAUGUUUUUGUGUCUUAUGUCACAAAUUUCUUAUGAAUAUUUAUAUUGCUGAUAAAUGUAAAGUUUACUACUGUAAACAAAAACUAAAGAGUUAUCUUUAUCUUCAAACUCGCCCUCUAGUGUUUUGCAUGAAGGAGAAACAGAAACCGUUAUGAAGACUUGGCUCACUAAAACGAACAGUGAGUUUUUUCUUGUAUUUGAACCUAACACGGCACUUCGGGUCACAUCACUAGUCUUUCUUACAGUAACAGUUUUGUCGCUUUUCUUACACUUUUUGUAUGGCAACAUAUCAUUUAUUUUACUCUGGAAAUAAAUUAUUUUUCAGAAAAGA